AUGAGGUUGCACACGUCUUUGUUGCUCGUCCUGCCAGGUGUAUCCUUAGCGGCAAAAGUUACCUCUCAAAGCUAUGAAACGUUUGAAGCCAGCACUGCCUAUCAGGAUUUGCAGCACGAAUCCACUGCUGGGGUGCCAAGCAACGUGGAAUCGGAUGGUUUCGGCCUUCCACACACAGAAGAGAGUUACGUUGAGAACAUCAAUGGAGACGAACCGGAUCAUUCGGACAUGAGGAAGAAGCUCAGGAGCAGGGGUCAAUGCGACUCGGAUUCUACCAACACCUUCUCAGUCCCGGGCGCUAGCGAGGAGCACGUUGCCGAAACCGGGAAGGGAGCUGCAGGCGAGCAGUAUAUGGCACAUGAAUACGAACAAGCAGCUGGUGCCGAAGUCUACGAAGCUUACCAGGUCUCAAAGGGUGCAGCUGGCCGUGAGCUAGGUAAAAAGAAGGUGAUAUAUGCUGCUGAACCUGUAAAGAAGGCACCCGCACCGAUCAUGAUGGCUGCGCCUACCAAGAAGGCUGCUCCCAUGAUCAUUCAAGCUGCCCCCAUGAUCUUCCCUUCCAUACUUGCUGCUGAGGAUGAGACUGAAAUGGUGUUCGAAGCCGAGAACUUCCAGACUGAGCAGUACGACAGUGCACCUGAGCGCAGCCUGGGGAAGAAGAAGAAGGUUAUGUAUGUUUCUGAGCCAGUCAAAAUGGCAUCCCCACCCGUUAUGAUGGCAGCACCUACCAAGAAGCGAGGCUGUUUCCACCGGGGUCCUCCUGUAGUUGUUCGGGCUGCCCCGUCAAAGGCGCCUGCACCUUUGGUCGUUGAAGCUGCGCCAACCAAGAUGGCCGCCCCUCCUGUGGUGAUUGAAUCUGCUCCGACAAAGGUGGCGGCAGGAGGACAUCUUGUUCGGGCUGCCCCGUCAAAGGCGCCUGCACCUUUGGUCGUUGAAGCUGCGCCAACCAAGAUGGCCGCCCCUCCUGUGGUGGUUGAGGCAGCUCCUACUAAGGUCGCCCAUGCUCCUGUGGUGAUUGAAUCUGCUCCUACAAAGGUCGCCCAUGCUCCUGUGGUGGUUGAAUCUGCUCCUACUAAGGUCGCCCAUGCUCCUGUGGUGAUUGAAUCUGCUCCACCCAAGAUGGCUCAACCUCCGAUGGUGAUUGAAUCUGCUCCGACAAAGGUCGCCCAUGCUCCUGUGGUGAUUGAAUCUGCUCCACCCAAGAUGGCUCAACCUCCGAUGGUGAUUGAAUCUGCUCCAGCCAAGAUGGCUCGCCCUCCUAUGGUGAUUGAAUCUGCUCCGACUAAAAUGGCACACCCUCCUGUGGUGAUUGAGUCCGCUCCGACCAAGGUCGCCCAUGCUCCUGUGGUGAUUGAGUCCGCUCCGACCAAGGUCGCCCAUGCUCCUGUGAUGAUUGAGGCUGCCCACACCACGAAGGGGAGGUACCUUAACGCUGAGUUUGUUCAUGCUGAGAUGCACUAG